CAAAGAAGAGAACGUUGAGAGCACCAAUGAGUGAGAGCCACGGCUGGGUUCGCUGCAACUUUUGGUGCUGUGCGUGGAGGCUGUCGGGUGUGGAGUGUAAAAGAGGCAGAUUGGGAGCCCGGGGGCGGCGUGUCUGCAGCAGCAAUGGCCCCGUUUGCAAGAAACCGCCUUUUGUGGGGAACAGUAAGCUGCACAUUCUUUCUGGCUGUUAACAGCUUGUAUUCCUCCAGUGAUGAUGUUAUAGAGCUGACACCAACCAAUUUCAACAGGGAAGUCAUUCAGAGUGACAGUUUGUGGCUAAUAGAAUUCUAUGCACCAUGGUGUGGUCACUGCCAAAGACUGACUCCCGAAUGGAAAAAAGCUGCAACGGCAUUAAAAGGUGUUGUGAAAAUGGGGGCUGUUGAUGCAGAUAAGCACCAGUCCUUAGGAGGUCAGUAUGGUGUGAAGGGAUUUCCCACAAUCAAGAUAUUUGGUGCUAACAAGAACAAAGCAGAAGAUUACCAAGGGGGCAGAACAAGUGAAGCAAUUGUGGAUGGUGCUCUAAGUGCCCUUCGGUCGCUAGUGAAAGAUCGCCUUAGCGGCAGAGGAGGUGGAUAUAGUUCUGGAAAACAGAGUGGCCAAGACAGCGGAGGUUCAGGCAGAAAAGAUGUGAUUGAUCUGACAGAUGACACCUUUGAUAAGAACGUUUUGAACAGCGAUGAUGUCUGGCUGGUAGAGUUUUAUGCUCCUUGGUGCGGACAUUGCAAAAAUCUAGAACCAGAAUGGGCAUCAGCCGCAUCAGAAGUGAAAGAGCAAACUAAGGGGAAAGUGAAGCUGGCUGCGGUUGAUGCUACAGUGAACCAGGCGUUAGCAAGCCGGUAUGGGAUCCGUGGAUUUCCUACCAUCAAGAUCUUCCAGAGAGGAGAAGACCCUGUUGAUUAUGAUGGUGGACGGACCAGAGCAGAUAUUGUUGCUCGUGCUCUCGACCUGUUUUCAGAGAAUGCACCACCUCCUGAACUCUUAGAGAUUAUCAGCGAGGAUGUCUUGAAGCAGACAUGUGAUGCUCACCAGCUGUGUGUCAUUUCUGUCCUGCCUCAUAUUCUAGAUACAGGUAGACCAACAACAGCAAAAAACACUUGCCGCUCUUUGCUGCUACCUGUAAUACAUAUGUCUGUUUCCUGUCUUCUAAGGUGGUUGUGGACUGAAGCAGGAGCACAACCUGAUCUUGAAAAUUCCCUGGGAAUUGGAGGGUUUGGCUAUCCAGCCAUGGCAGCGGUUAAUGCUCGGAAAAUGAAAUUCGCGCUCUUGAAGGGCUCUUUCAGUGACCAAGGGAUUAACGAAUUUCUAAGGGAGCUGUCUGUUGGUCGUGGGUCCACGGCACCAGUAGCUGCAGGAGCUUUCACAAAGAUUAACACAGUAGAACCAUGGGAUGGCAAAGAUGGUGAGCUACCUGCUGAAGAGGACAUUGAUCUCAGUGAUGUAGAUCUUGAUGACUGGGACAAGGAUGAAUUGUGAGGCUGAAGACUUUUAGUUUCUUGAGAGACUUGGGGCUGUGGUUUCGCGCAUCCUCACUUUGCAUCACGUGGAAUACCGAGCAGCCUUUUUACUGACGGAGAAGCCCGUGCACGGCGGUCGGAAGCCGUGUAAAAAUGAACCGGGUUCCUCUCAAGAAGACCAUCUUAAAAAUUCUAUGAAUUUUUUUUUUGUAUCCAGUAAAAUUGCUUGUAUCUUGCGAAAACAGAUAUCUUGAAGACAACACUGAUCUUUCAUUGAAAUUCUCUCAUUUUGGCCUUUGUCCAGUUGGUAAGUACUGUUUGACCGUGACUUGAGACUUUUAUUGUAACUAAGUUCUAAAAUGUGAUCUCCCCCGCCCCAAAAGGCAGUUGCUCUAACCUUGAUUUCAGUGAAAGAAUAAAAAAAUAUUUUUGA